UUCUACGAGUGUAGCGUUUUCGCAGCAAACCAGUGAUGAUAAUCUUUUAGUUUUAAUUUUGUAAAUUGAUCGUUUCCCGUAGUGAAAAAAGUCGUGGAAACAUAUAAUUAUUCCUGUGAAAGUGCAUCAUCUCAAAAUACUCUUGUGCGUAGCGUUAAAAUGCGUUCUGUUGAAGUGUCGAAACGGAUGGUGAGCGAUGGCGAGAAUACGGUGAUAGAUUUUUGAUGUUAAAUUUUGCUCCGUGUCAUCAUCGCUACAGAUUUCGAUCACGACAUUUCAGUACAUAAACCGUUUUGUAUCGCCAUUUCAAGUGUUGUAAUUAGCAAAUCUUCAAUAAUCUUGAACGAUUAUUGUAAAAGAAAUAUAUUGUCAUUGACUGACCGGCUGAUAUUACACGAGGCUUUGAUAUAGACGUUUUAAAAUUACGUAACUGUUGUGGAAUCUUAUGUGUAGAAUGGCCUGAGUGUGACCACUCCAUUACCGUCAUGUGUGACGAAGGAAUGUUUGUUUAGGCUCUAAUAUUGUGCUACGACCUUACGGGAAGUGCGCGUUCGUCUCGUGGACUGGGCCGGAUCAUGACUCUGCCCGAACCAAAACAAGUUACGCAUUGAUCACUAUCGACGUUUUGUCACUUUGGACACUUUUUUAUCGCCAAAAUGUCUUCGGGAACGUUUGUGGACAGGAUUGAUCCUUUCGCCAAGCGGUCGCUGAAGAAAAAGACUAAGAAGUCGCAAGGCUCCUCCCGAUACCGCAACACGCAGGACGUGGAGCUGCAGGCGCUGCCGCUGCUCAAGGAUGUAGCCAGCAGUGAACAGGAGGAGCUAUUUAUUCGUAAACUACGACAAUGCUGUGUAGCAUUUGACUUCAUGGAUCCUGUCGCUGAUUUGAAGGGGAAGGAGAUUAAACGUGCCACGCUGAACGAGCUUGUAGAGUACAUUACUGGUGGGCGUGGGGUGCUUACUGAACCUGUCUACCCAGAGAUAAUAAAAAUGAUAUCGGCCAACCUAUUCCGCACUCUACCCCCGAGCGAAAAUCCUGAUUUCGAUCCUGAGGAAGACGACCCGACUCUGGAGGCCUCGUGGCCACAUCUCCAACUAGUCUACGAGUUUUUCUUACGUUUUCUGGAGUCUACCGAUUUUCAGCCCACUAUCGGCAAGAAGGUCAUUGACCAGAAAUUUGUAUUGCAGCUUCUAGAUUUGUUCGAUUCGGAAGACCCACGAGAACGUGAUUUCUUGAAGACGGUUCUUCACCGUAUCUAUGGAAAAUUCUUGGGGCUGCGUGCUUUUAUACGGAAACAGAUCAACAACAUAUUUUUGCGAUUCGUUUAUGAAACUGAACAUUUUAACGGCGUAGGGGAGCUGUUAGAAAUAUUGGGAAGUAUAAUAAACGGCUUCGCUCUGCCACUGAAGAGCGAGCACAAACAGUUCCUGGUGAAGGUCCUGCUGCCGCUGCACAAGGUGAAGUGCCUGUCGCUGUACCACGCGCAGCUGGCCUACUGCGUGGUGCAGUUCCUGGAGAAGGACGCCACGCUCACCGAGCCCGUGGUGCGCGGCCUGCUCAAGUUCUGGCCCAAGACGUGUUCACAGAAAGAGGUGAUGUUCCUGGGCGAGAUUGAAGAGAUACUGGACGUGAUUGAGCCUGCGCAGUUCGCCAAAAUCCAGGAACCUUUAUUCAGACAAAUAGCUAAAUGUGUCUCCAGUCCGCAUUUUCAGGUGGCAGAAAGAGCAUUGUACUUUUGGAACAACGAAUACAUAAUGUCUUUGAUGGAAGAAAACAACCACGUUAUAAUGCCGAUAAUGUUCCCGGCUCUGUACCGAAUCAGCAAGGAGCACUGGAACCAGACCAUCAUCGCGCUCGUGUAUAAUGUCCUGAAAACAUUCAUGGAGAUGAACUCGAAACUAUUCGAUGAGCUCACUGCUAGCUAUAAAGCAGAACGGCAGAAGUGAGUAGACUACUUUUUCUUAAUCAU